AUUUUUUGUAUUUAAACAUUAUUCCAAAAACUAUCCCACCAUACAUUUAUGCGCAUGCAACCCAGACUACAUGAAUAAAAAUAUUUUGACAACGUGCUUUUGUGAGGUUAAGAAACGAUUGUCAAACUGUAAAAAUGCCCAAAAUAAAACAAUUGGAGAAAUGCAAACACCCCAACAGCAGAAAAACAAAGGCGUUAGCCAAGCAGAUGAAAAAGCAAAGUGUGAAAGACAAGAAUAAACACUUGGGCAACAUUAAGUUAAACAUAUUAGGUGAAAAGCUGCUUUGGUUCAGAGACCAUUUAAACCCAGAAUGGACUUGUUGUACACCUAAUCAAGUUCAUGAACUAAUUCAGAGUUACAUAGAUCGAUUCAAUGAAGAGUUGGAGCAAAUUAAACUAAAACAUUCUAUAGGAAAUCGUAAAAACCGACAACAUGCAAGUAGGCAAGAUAUAAUCAAUCUUUCCAUUAAAAGAGAAACAGAGGAGUUUAAUACUUGUGGCAUAGAAAUACCAGACUUGUUAGAUGUGGAACAGUUUAACCGUUUGAAAGAAUGGAAUGGAGAAUUAAGGUUUUUACAAAAUUUUAAAUUGAGGCGAUUUAGUAAAAAUAUUCUAAAGGAAGAAAACAAAAAGUUACCAAAAACUAAUCAAACCAAUCCUCCUGAAAUGGAUGUUGACAGUUAAUAUACAAUUUGGUAAA